AUAAUUUAAUCCAAACACACCCCAAAGCAGUGAAGAAGCCACAAAAAAAUGGAAAAGAAGCGGAAAAGGAAUCAAAAGGCGGAGCGCGACGGCGAUCGAAAACCAAAAUCGGUUCCGGUAGCCGAGAAUCUAAAGCAGCAACCAUUUCCUUCACACAGUGGACCCACUCCACAAGAAUGCCUCGACAUACGAGACACACUCUUAUCCCUCCACGGCUUACCACCAGAACUCGCCAAAUACCGCAAAUCGCAAUCCACCGACGACACCGUCAAUUCAGAACCAACGGAAACCGUUCUCGACGGUUUAGUCCGAACCAUACUCUCACAGAACACUACAGAAACAAAUUCUCAGAAGGCUUUCGUUUCUCUCAAAUCAUUAUUUCCCACAUGGGAACAUGUGCAUGAUGCUGAGACUAAGGAUUUGGAGAAUGCUAUUCGAUGUGGUGGUUUAGCACCGACUAAGACUUCGUGUAUUAAGAAUUUGUUGCGUUGUUUGUUAGAGAGAAAAGGGAAAUUGUGUUUGGAGUAUUUAAGAGAUUUGUCUGUUGAUCAAGUUAAAGCUGAACUAUCUGUUUUCAAAGGAAUUGGUGCCAAAACAGUCUCUUGCGUGUUGCUGUUCAACCUUCAGCUAGAUGAUUUUCCCGUGGACACUCAUAUAUUUGAGAUUGCGAAAACCAUUGGUUGGGUACCCGCUGCUGCAGACAGAAACAAGACAUACCUUCAUCUAAACCAAAGGAUCCCAGAUGAACUUAAGUUUGACCUAAAUUGCCUUCUGUAUACUCACGGGAAACUCUGCAGUAAAUGCUCCAGUAAAAAGGGCAACAAGCAACAGAAGAAAAAAGAGCAACAGAAGAAAUCCAAUGACGACUCUUGUCCUUUAUUAAAUUAUUAUAAAGAGUUGGUUUGAAUUUUGAAUUCUGCAAACUUAUUUUCAAUCUUUUGAUUCCCAGUUCAACACGGGAACUCUGAUCUUUUAACUGUAUAGAACCCUAGUGACUAGUGUUACAGACUUAGGCAGGAGAACUCUUUUGAGAAUAGUUAGAAGAAUGGCUCACAAUUUUGUGCUGGUGCUUCAAACAUGUGUAGGGUUUAGUUUGGAUUGUAUGAAUAUGGUCAUUGGAUUGUAUGAAUAUGGUCAAUCUCUAAUUCAUUAGUUGGUCUUUUAUGUGACAUAUGCUUUUGUUUA